UCUUUUUCUUUUUUCAUUUUGGGAAGGAGGGAGGAGGGCUCCUGUGGAAACCGCCUCCUUCACCCAGUCCGCGGUGCUACAGUAUUGCUAGUCGGUCUGUGGAGUGAAAACGCUCAUCGCCUCCAUGUUGGAAAGAACACACAGAAACAAUUCAUCAUUUGUUAAGAUAAACCCCAAAGUAGGAUUACAUUGUUGCAUGCCUUGACUAAAUCGCUGGCACAAAUUUCGGAGAGACGAGGGCUGCUUUCCCCGCGAGAGCUAAAUCUAUGCGGGAUACAGUCUACUUGAAUUACCGUGGCUAGGUAGCUAGCAAAGUUCGGUUCGAUUUAUGCUUUUUAUUUUUAUUUUUACGUGCUUAUGCGUCAAGGAAUAUAUGGCAUUCGCUCUAUGGUGAACAAAAGGGGGCCUGCGCUCUAUGUUCGGACUACGUUGUUUUUUAGUGUUCAGCCAGCAGUAUCGACACUGUUUUCCUACCAAGUAGACCAGUUAAAAAGCUGUCUGGCUAUAUAUUCUGAAAUAAAGUAAAUUAAGAGGAAUAACAUCCAGUUUCCAUGGACAACACGUCCAUAAUUACCCAGGUUGCUAACCCAAAGGAGGAGGAGAUCCUUUCUUCAAGUCAAGAAAAAGUUUCCCAGUCGAAGAGCAGCUUAAAGAAACAGAGGAGUCGUGGUAUCUUCAGCACUUUCUUCUGUUGCUUCCAGAACUACAAUGUUGAACCGCCCUCAUCCAACAACAACACCAGCAGCUCCCUACCUCCACUGGCGGAGGAAAAUGGGACGCUUCCAAAGUGUGACCAGGUUGAGGUCAUCCCCAUCCCCAGUGUCGGGUCCCCCAGCGCUCCCCUUGAUGCGACCUCUUGCUCCCGGGCUCCGGACUCUGAGCCUCCCUUCCAGUCGCGACCCUCCGUCCAGUCCCCCCUUUGGCUGGGAGACGACCCGGAGCCGCCGCCCGUUGUCUCGCACGUUCGGCCGGAACACCCCCCAGCCAAGAACCUCCUACCUGAGAUCAGCAUACCUGACUGCGGCAAGAACUGCGUGGUGAUCGACUUGGACGAAACCCUGGUGCACAGCUCUUUCAAGCCUAUAAGUAACGCUGAUUUCAUCGUUCCUGUGGAGAUCGAUGGCACUGUUCAUCAGGUGUAUGUGCUGAAACGGCCUCACGUGGAUGAGUUUCUGCAGAAGAUGGGGGAACUGUUUGAAUGCGUACUGUUCACCGCCAGCCUAGCUAAGUACGCAGACCCUGUGGCAGACUUGUUGGAUCAGUGGGGGGUGUUUCGCGCCCGGCUCUUCAGAGAAUCCUGUGUGUUCCACCGGGGGAACUAUGUCAAAGACCUCAGCCUUUUGGGAAGAGAGCUGAGCAAGGUCAUUAUAGUGGACAACUCACCCGCGUCAUAUAUUUUCCAUCCUGAAAACGCAGUCCCAGUACAGUCGUGGUUUGAUGACAUGACGGACACAGAGCUCUUAGAUUUGAUCCCUUUCUUUGAAGCGCUGAGCAAAGAGGAGGAUGUUUACAACGUGUUACAGACCCUGAGGGCCAGGUAGCCCAGUCUCCUGUCCUGGUCCUGCCCCUCUCCAGCCUGGCUCAGGUCCCUACUGCAGCAGCCUAUAGGGGGCGACGCAGAGCAGUGCCGAGAGCAGCCACCCCCAGCUGUUAUCUGGCCACACCCUGGAUGGACUGAAUGUUUGUGGUGCGGCCAACGAGAAAGGAGAUGAACUUUGAGAAGCCCCGCUGGAAGAGCAAGAAAAUGUGUACAUAUUAUAUAUUUCUAAUCUGGAGAGGAAAAAACAAAAACAAAAAAAAUCUAUUAAAACAACUUCAUUUUUUAACGGAGACACAAGUUUUACUAUUCUAUUAAGUUCUAUAUAUUUACCAAAAACCAACCUUUUUUCAGAAAAUGAAACCUUUUUCAUCCUUUUAAUGUUGCUAUGCAGGCAGCCUGUUCCCCACUCUCCAGUAACUCGACUGUGAUUUUCUUUACCUACUGAAUGAAGUGCCUUUUGUGACUGUUGUUUUUAUGGAGAGAGCAAAUCUACAUUUUGUAUGCUGCACAUUUCCAGAAAAAUUCAAUCUUUUAAUGAAUUUAUGCUUUAAAAUUGAAGUGGAGAAGAAAAUUUAUAUAAAAAGAACUGUUAUUUAUGCUGAAUAUUUUACAGAGGGGUGGGCCCAUUUCUUCAUUAUGUACUAAAUGGAUUUUUUUCGGUUUUUACAAUGCCUAUAGUGGCAAUGGUGAUUAACUGUGUUGGAUAUUAUGGCCUGAAGUCUGAAUGAAAGAAUGCAUUUGCAAUUGUGAUUUUGUGUAGUAUUAGUAGGCAGUUCACCCUGCCUACAGCAGAGGUAAGUGGCACAUUGGUUUAAGAGGAAAGAGACCAAAGCCUGGAGGUUUUGAAGUGCCAAUGCUUGUGUUUCAAAUCUGUUGCCAUACACCAGAGGUGCGUUCAAGAUCGUUUUUUCUGUUCGCCACAAACGUUAGCUAACGUUAGCUAACAAUUUGAAAAGGUGGUGCGCAGGGGAACAGAAAUAGCUGCCGACGAAGAAGACGUGGAGAGAACAGAAGUUGACAAUUAUUUGGUUGUUAUAAUUCACUUUAAUCAAUGUAAUACUUGUUCUUACCUUAAGCAACGAAUUAUCUAGCUGGCAUUGUUAUUGCCACCAUACAUCCGUUUGUAUUUAAAAUGCGUUGGUGGCGAAUUAAAUGGAAUGUUCAUUUAAAAUCGUUCAACAGUAGGGCCGCGGUGUCUUGAACGCACCUUAGGUCCUACUUGAAAGUGCCAGGUAGUUUGUCCGUAAUGAUGAAAAAAGUUGUCAUUUAGCUUUGCUGUUAAAAUAAGUAAAAUAAUCAGGUGCAUCCAAAAUGGCUAACUUUCCCCAUUGGAUUUGUAAUAUAAAAUGAAAAUAAAUCCCAAUGGCUCAGCUCAGUUUUGUAUAUGCCUACCUAUGUUUAGAAAUGUCAGAUUAAUGUUAGAUUAAUUUCAUUUCAGUCCAGUUAUAUUUGAUUUUGUACUUGGGCCUCUCAUGAACUCAAUGAAAUGAAUGCACUUUUUCAAGCACUUUUCACACUCAAUUUAGUAUUACUUUGCUGUGAUUCUUUAAUAACGGAAAGCGGAAGUGUCCUUGUUAAAGCCCACCGUUGGUACGCAAUUGCAAAUGUAUCCUUUCACUGUGAAGAAAAUUGAAUAUUGUAUGACAACAUUUUGUUCCCGUUUAUUUUUUCCUGUGAUAUUUAAUGAGUCGAUAAAUGUCUCUAGCUGAUUUGGUAGUUCAA